AUGAAUGAAAAUCUAUUCACCUCUUUUACUACCCUGACAAUUCUAGGUCUACCUGCAGUAGUAUUAAUCAUUUUAUUUCCCACCAUACUAUUUCCAACCUCCAUUCGUCUAAUUAGAAACCGACUGAUUUCCAUUCAACAAAGAUUAGUUCAACUUGUACUAAAACAAAUAAUAAUUACCCAUAAUAUUAAAGGACGAACCUGAUCCCUUAUACUGAUCUCCCUAAUACUCUUCAUUGCCUCAACCAAUCUCCUCAGGCUUCUACCCCAUUCAUACACACCAAAUAUCCAAUUAUCAGUAAAUCUAGGUAUAGCAAUCCCCUUAAGAGCAGGCAGAGUAAUUACAGGCUUCUGCUUUAAAACAAAAGUCUCCUUAGCUCACUUUUUACCACAAGGCACACCUAGGCCACUUAUCCCUAUACUAGUGAUCAUUGAAACUAUUAGCCAAUUCAUUCAACAAAUGGCAUUAGCUGUGCGAUUAACAGCCAAAAUUACAGCCGGACACCUACUAAUACAUUUAAUCGGAGGAGCCACACUAGCACUAUCAACUAUUAGUCUUCCCACAGCUUCAAUCACUCUCAUUAUUCUAAUCCUACUGACCAUUCUCGAAUUUGCCAUAGCCCUUAUUCAGGUUUAUGUCUUUACACUGCUAGUAAGCCUUUAUCUAUAUGAUAACACAUAAUGACCCACCAAACACAUGCCUACCAUAUAGUCAAACCCAGCCCCUGACCACUGACAGGAGCUCUCUCAGCUCUCCUAAUGACACCUGGCCUGCCCAUGUGAUU